CGUCCUGACGGAGGAGAAAUCGGUUUCUCCAGCCGAACUACCGAUCGGAGGGACGCAUGCUGGUUCAUCCCACUUCUGCCAUGUGAUUUUCAUUGCAGCAACUUGAGGAAGAGUUCCACCGUGGAAGGCUUACGCAAGCAAGAAUACAUGAAGAAGCAAAGAAAAGGCAACACUGCCGCCAGCAUCGCCUUCUCUUCCCCACCGGAGAACAGCAGUGUGCAGGUCUACAAUGACUACCAGAGUGUGGCUCUGGUGUCUGCCGGGAACGGUCACGCGAUAGAAAAUGGCUCUCAAAAGAGAGACCGGAUCACCAGCCGAGAUGGCACGGGCAAGACGUCCACCGUUGCCGACGUGGUUUCAAACAGCCAGGACUCGAGGUGCGGCAUGAAAGACGAGAGUAUUGGAAGGAACUCCACGUGGAUGAUGGAUUCGAGCAGCCAUGCCUACUUGGGACCCGAGGACAACUCCACAGACCCACAUGAGACCCUGACAGAGUCCUCAACUCUGACCUUCGUGGACGUUCACACCCUGGAGGAAUCGGCAGAGAACCACAGCCUCAAUGGGUUGGGGAUGGUUUACCUCAAGGAGUUUGUGCUGAUAGACGACGACGACGAUGGAGACAUGUCGCUAAGAGAGAAAACGGUGACAGACAUGUCCGUGAUGGAUGGAAAAGCUGCUGACCUGGUGUGUGGGAGGUUUUUGUCGACCUCCAGUGGCUCAUUAUCAGAGUGCAGGGAAGAAUUUCAGGCUCCUGAAGCUCCUCCACCCGAGGACGUCGAGACUGCAUGUGAAAAGAAACGCUGCUGUUUCUGCACUGUUUCGUGAACAAGCAGAACUCUGUUUGUGUGAAGUUGGUUAUGAUCACUCAGGCAAAUAACCGCUACCUUCUGGUUUUAUAUAUGCGUGCUUGUGGAAUUGCAGAGCAAAUUCAAAGGUUGUGUGAUUUAAUUUAUUUUUAUUUUACUUAAUAUUUACAACGCCUUUAUUCAACAUUAAAGAGGCAUAUUUGUGUGUGUUUGUCAGCCACUUUUAACGCUCCACAUUCUAGUAGCCUAAUUCUAAAACGUAUGUAUGCUUAAUACUUAAUACAUAAUACGAAAAUUUGGAUAAUAGUUUUUGAGUCUCUCGGAACUUCAUUAUGCAGUUUUUAUACUACAAAAUGCAUGUUCCUAUGACAUGUUAUUUGAAUGACAAAUUUUGGGAUAACUACAAAGGUCUAAAAAUAUCAGGUGCUUACAACAAAUAAAGAUGUCUCAAAUGACCAAAUGAUGUGUCUAGUUCUGUCUCCUCGGUCACCCUUUGCUGGGGCGAGUAACACGGUAAUAUGCACUGACGUACCACCAGACGGCCAAACAGCUUCUUUCCAGGCUGUGACUCUCC